AUGAAGUGGAGUGUCCGGGGAGCCUGCGCCGCGCUCUCCAGCUGCCUCCUGCUCGCCUGCGCGCUGAGCGCCGCCGCCGUGGGCCUCAAGUGCUUCUCGCUGGGUUCCGAACUCAAGGGGGAGCCCUUCCGCCUUGGCACCGCCGCCGGCGCCUUCUACUCGGGGCUGCUGCUGGCCGCUGGCCUCUCGCUGCUGGGCUCCGCGCUCUUUUGCUGCCGCCAGCCGGACGCCGCCGCUCCCGGCGAGGGCGCAGGCGGAGCGCACCACCAAGGGCGCGUGGGGAGCGAAGUCGUGGCGGUACCGGUCACCGGAGACUCUCAGCAACAGCCCCAGCCGUCGCCCAAGACGCCCCCAGGCGGGCGACAGAACUUCUUGCUGCUGGGGGUACUGGUCUUCAUGCUAGGCGUGCUGAGCGCCUUCGCCGGGGCCGUCAUCGACGGCGAUACGGUGUCACUGGUGGAGAAAAAAUACUCUCACUACUGCCUCCUGCAGGCCGGAGGAGGAGCAGCGCCCGCGCGAGCGAGGCCUGCGGGGAGCCCCGACGGCUCGGCGGCAGCGCUGCGCUGUCAGAAGCUGCGGGACUACCAGCGCGGCUUGGUCAUCUCCACCAUCUUCAACGCCCUGGAGUGCCUCUUGGGGCUUCUCAACCUGCUGCUGGUCAAGAACUACAAGGCUGCCCAGCAACGCGGGCUGCGCCGACAGCGUCGUCGCAGGCACGAGCAUCACCUUGGGGGUGGCCGUCGGAGAAGGCGCAGGGGGCCCGGCGUUGUUGGCGGUGGCGGCUCAGGCGGUGGGCGACGGCCUCAGCGCCAGAGCCAAGGCUCCAUUUUCUCCAGCGAGGACCCCGAUCUGUCCCCUGGGGGCGACUGCUCCUUCCAAGCCGUCUCCUACAUCAACGUCGGCGUCUUCCACGUGUUCGACGAGGCUGGUGUGGAGGUGCACUGUGGAGGUCACCCCUCCAUCGAGUUGCCUGGCUAUUCGCCCAUGGACCCCGAUCUCCACAUAUCCUACCCCUAUUGCUACCCGCUGCCCAACGAGCAGCCUCCUGCCUACGAAGAGAUCUACCCCAGGGAGUCCUGUGCCAACCGCAUCUAGGCACAGGUCAGUGCCCCUUGGAAACCUGCACUGACAAUCAGCCAGCUAGACUGAGAGGGGUAGAAGGUGAACUAGGCCAAAGCGGGCAAGACACUUACACUUUAUUAGCAGGACCAGUAGCACAAGGUGAGGCCAAAAUAAUGGGCAACACAGACUCUUCCAAGAACCUGUCAAAAGAGGCAGAUGUGAGAGAGCUACCUAGAAUGAGUCCAGGCUGGUGUGUGCUGUUCCUCUGGAUCCAGUGGCAAGUUGAAACAUUGGUCAAAAUCUCUUUGGCUUCAUUUCUCUGAGGAUCAGGCACAUUUCCCCUUCAUCACCUCUUUGAUGGAAAAAUCUUGAACAGAGUUUGAGAAAGUUGCCAAUGUUCUGCCACCUGUUGGGGGUUACUCCACUAUGAUCUUGUCAAGAUUUCUCUUUCCUCUGCUCCUUUUGGUUCUAUCACUAAAAUAUAUAGUUAUCUACCAGAGGCUUAAGCAAAAUGCAUUUUCUCUGGUGUUCCCUAAAAAUGGCUAGAGCUACCUUUUUAAUUUACCAUUAUGGUUUGGUGGAAUCUUUCAUCUGUCUCUUCUCCAGUUAUUGGUUGAAUGGUGAAUAUUUCAGGGUUGGCUCCCGCAGUCAUAUUGGGCUUGGAUUUUCUGUUUUAAUGAAUCAGCCUGUCUUCCCCUCACCCUUUCAAAUGAAUCUUCAUGAUAUCCUCAGCUUUAAGAGUGCAAAAUUGUAUCAUUAAGAGAACCAGCCAGAACAACAAAAAGAUGUAAGGAAGCGUCUUUCUUUCUCAAGCAGAUCUAUUUCUAACCAUGAAGAGUGAUUGAGAGCAGUUUUGAACAAAAUCUUACGUUUACAGUAUUCCUGGAAGAUUUUAUGUUACAUUUAAAAUUUAGUGAGAGUUCAAACCAUUGUUGGUCUUGUAAGAUGCACAUGAUAAACCUGCACUUUCAAAGGAGGGGGGGAAAUCAACAGCAACAUUUUUGUACACUAAUGUGCCUGCUUUUUGUUGAUAAUUUCUUACUGUAAAAGCUUUCAAAAAGUCUAUAGUGAAAAUGUUUGGUAAAGUCAUUGCAAUCAGUUCCUUUACUAAAAUAGAAACGCUAUACAGAAUAGAAAGAAAGUCCAAAUGUCUCAUACAUUCCUUUUUGUAAACAGGUUCUGUGUUUUUAAUGCAAAGCAGGGCUUAUAUUUAUUUUUGUUUUUGUUUUUAAAACAGUUUAAUCCUAUUUUGUACAAGUACAGCCAGUUACUCUUGUAAGUAGUUUCAUUUUAGUGUUACCAAUUAAUCAAUCUGAGAAGCUUGAAUAUUAAGUUUUUAUUUAAAUAUAGAUAUAUAUGCUUUAAACAGCCUUAAUGGAUGUUCACAACAAAACUCCUUUUGAGGUAUGUUUUAACAACCAUAUUCAACAUCCAUUUGAAAUGAGAAAAUUCCACAGGUGGAGGUUGAAAAUAAUACUGCACAAAAUGACAUAUUCAGAUUGUAGUGAAUAAACCUUCAACUGGAUAUUUUAGAAGUUUUACCAAAAAUGCCCUAUUAGAGCCAAACCAAAUGCAAUGUGGAAAAUCUGUGAUUGGAUCUUACCAUUUUUUAAAACUUUAAAACAUAUGCAGGUGGCUCCAAAUUUGGUCAGAGCAUUAGUGCUGGUAGAGUCAGUGUUUAACCCUUUCUCCCAGUGCAAUUUCCCACAUUUGAACCCUCCCAGAGCUGGUGUGGGGGGGGAUACUGUAUUUUCCCUUUGUGCAACCAAUAGCAGCUUCAUGGGGGCAAGGAGGGUGAAAUUUAGAUUGGGGGAAUGGUGCAGAAGAGAACAGGAUUAAACAUGCCCCUCAGCACAACUGCUCUGCUCACAUUUGGAGCCUCCUGUACCUGUUUUAAAGCUGAAAGUAAAUAAAAAGAAAGAAAUGCUAUGAAAUCUGAUGACUGAUCUCCUGCAUCAUGUGUGGUUUAGCCCUAGGUCUGCAAGAGAAUAUCAAUGGAAAGAGAAAGCACAAGGAAUUAUAUAAGUAAUUAAAGGAAUCACUUUGGAAUACUGGUGAAAAAGGCAGGCUUAAUUCUGAAAUGUAUAAGAGAAUGAAAGAGUUACACUUCAGCCCAUAUUAUUCACUUCUUAUUCUAACUAAUAUGUACGGAAAGAGAAUUCCAUUAAAACGCCAACCCCUUCAUUAAGCUCCUCGGAGCAGGGACCUGUCUUUUGCGGAUAUUGCUUUGUAAAGUGCCAUGUACACUGGUGGCACUAUCUAAAUAAUAAUUAAUAAUAAUCAUUUAGGUUGGAGCCUUCUGUGGAAUGAGAGCAUUAUCAGUAGAGUCAGUGCUAAAGGAAAACAGUUUUCUCCUAUUUUUGUGAUGUACAGAAGAUUAUUUUUAAUUAAGGAGCUGAACAAAGUAAAUUUGCAGCCUUAGAUUAAAAAAGAAAAAUCAACCCAACAGUGGUGAAAGCCUCUCUGCACUAUUUUGUUAUGUGAAGUUGAUUUAACUUGCACACUUUGUAUAAACCUAAAAUACAGAAUGCCUUAGAACAUUUAAAACAGAUUUAAAACUAUAUCUUUAAGAACUCAACAUACAAUCUUUCUCUUAGAUAACUGGAUUAAAAGCAACUAACUCACUACGUAGCUUCAAAUUUUAGAAUGGUAGAACUACAGUUAUAUUAUUCAUCAUGGAGUAAAAUUCUCUCCCUUGCAGAGAGCAAGCACAAUGCUUACCUAGUGCAAAAGUCUAAAGAGGUGUAAUUUUUGGUUCUUUGGUAAGAUUGGUAUAAAUUCUUAGUCUCAGAGGAUUGUUGGAGAGUUUUGGGGUAUCAGGAACUUCUCUGACACAGGUCUCUUUGAAGUGAAUGGGAGUUGUGGAACAGGCUGGCUGUACUUUUGCACACCUUCCAUCCAUUUAACGGGGGCUUUCAGAAGAAGAGUUCCCUUACCUACAGCGCUUAUUGAGGCAGUAUGUUAGAUAAUGAGGUCAUUCACACAAUCAAAAACUGUGUUCUACCCAGGUUUGGGAGCUGUGUGUGCUCCCAGUUUUCGGUUGUGUGGAAGCAAGGUUAGCGGAAAACCUGGGUAGAAGUGAUUGUGUGGAAGUAGGGGUGUAGCAAGAUUACAGUGGGCCCAGAUACAAGAUUUUAAAAUGUCCCCCACCCACUGAAGCUCAGCUCAUGAAGUAAAGAAAUCUUAAAUGAAGCUGAAUAGUGGUAACAAAAAGCAUAGUAAAAUCUAUCUAUAUAUAUUAAAAAAACCCUGUGUUUUAUAUAGAACAUCAUCCUAAAUUAUUUUUAAAAAGGUUUUGUAAAUUGUGGAUGAUGCAAGUUAUUUAAUGGUACUAGAGAAAAACAUGCUGUUCUGGUAGCUCCAGGUCUUAACACUCGCAUCAAUUUCAGAGGAUGAAUACAACUGAAGGAAGCCCGGGUGGGUGCGCGGCUGGGGGAGUCAGUCAUGUGACUUGCCUCUGGGACCCCCCCCAAGGCAGUGCCCCCCCAGACAACUGUCUCCCCUUGCCCUAUUAUAGUAACCCCCCUGGGUGGAAGCAAGAUAGGAGGAAAAGCAACCCAGGCUUUCCUCUUAACUGGCUUCCACACAACCGACAGUUGGGAGCACACACAGCUCCCAAACCUAGAUAGAACACAGUUUUUGAUUGUGUGAAUGACUUCAAUAUAUAUGGCCAGGAUUUUUGUACAGCAGACUGGUGCCUAAAUUAAGGUUUGAAAUUCCUAUUAAGUAUCUGAAUAAGGCAAGCUAAGUUCUUUUUAAAAGUUCACACCACAUACUAUUUCAUAUAUAAAAGUUAAAGGUGAAUAAUAUGCUAUUCAUACUGGCAUAUUAAAAUAAAAUAAAAUAAAAUGAGGUUUCACAAACAGCUCAUCACAUGAUUAAAACUGUUCAUGGACCAUACCACUACAAAUUGCAAGUAAAGAAUACAUGAUUGAAUGCUCCUCCAUAUAGGUAUUUAAAAACCUGCACACAGAAAACCAGACAACAGGAAGGAGAAGAAUAUUAGAGUAGCUUUUCUUGGACAUGCCACUUUUCUAUAUGUAGGUGGUAGUGAGUUUUUGACGGUGUUUUUUUAACAAAAGAGUGCUGAGGCAGAUAAUCCCCCAACAGCUGUCUGAAGUAGUAUAGUCCAGAAGCAGUUUUACCUCAUGAUGAGCUGUUCAUAGACCAGGUCUAAGCUGGGAGUGCUUCUAACUUGAUGAAUUUUCUAUAUGGAUAGCACUGGUGUGGAGCGGGAGGCGGGAAGCAUGCACACAGUUUUGCAUGCUUUUUCCUACAUGAAAGUGCUAUCAACGUAGAGGAUCUGUCACAUUUAAAUGGGUCUUUAACCCCAUCUGGUUCAAUUAGCCUGGCUUCAGCAAGGUGAAGUGCAGGUAUAGUGGUUUCCAUCGUGUUUGAAUCUUCCAUUAAUGAAUCUUGCAUUCAUUUCACUGGCACUAAUCCUACUCCUAUUAUUCCUAAUAGGAAUGAUGUGUUGUUGUUUUUUAAAAAACCUGGUUCUCACAAGCAGCUCAUGAGGAGGUGAACCUUUGUCUGGACUGUUUCACUUCAGACUGCAGGGGGGGCUCAUGUGACUGAAUGCUCUUCCAUACACACACACAAAUCCCCUCACAGGAAAUAAACCCAUAUUUACCCGACUCGAAGAUGACCCUGAAUUUAAGAUGACCCCCUUAAAAAUACAUAUACUCUAUUUACCUGAAAGAAAAGAAGGCUCUGAAUUUAAGAUGACAACCUAGUUUAUAACAUCAAGAAACCUAGUCUUGGAUUCAGGUAAAUACAGUGGGGUUAUUUACACAACUGGCUGGGCAUGGGGGAAGGCAGGUUCAACCUCCCUUCUCCCAGAUGAUUGCUCAUUGCCCCUGUGGCUCGCAAGCCGCGCACCCACACAACCCAUGCUGCUGGAAGCAGCGUGGAUGACUAUGGCUAGACUAGAACUCCUGUUGACUAUUUUUGAUGUGGAAGAGUAUUCAUUCAUAGGAACUCACACCUACAAUCUGAAGUGAACACAGGAAGCUGCCUUAUACCAAUUUAGACCAUAGGAAGCUGCCUCAGACAGAGUCAGCUCAGUAUUGCUUACACUGACUGGCAGCGGCUCUCCAAGGUUUCAGGAAGGGGCCUUUCCCAGCCUUACUUGGAGAUACCAGGGAUUGAACAUGGAACUUUUGGCAUGCAAGGCAGAUGCUCUGCCACUGAGCUAUGGCCCCAUCCCCUAAGGGGAAUCUCUUACAGCAGACAGCACCCACAUGUAGUCACCCAUCCAAAUGCAAUCCAAAGCAAACCCUGUUUAGCAAAGGGGACAAUUAAUGCGCAUUAUUGUAGGACUGGUUUACUCCCUAAAUUUCAUAGCAAGAUUCAUACAAAGAUCCCUGGGGCUCAACCUACCAGAACAGUUUUGAACAUUGUACUGCAGAUUAUUGAGGCAUGCAUGCAUGUAUUUAAGAGCAACCUAUUCUAGAUCAAUAGGGCUCAAAACGGAUGCCCUAGACUGAAUUGUUUGGGAGUUGUGUUUUUAAGGAAGACAUUAGGCAUUGAAACUGCUGCCUUGGGCCCUUGGAUCCAGUUCAGAAUAUGCUAAAAUCUUCUUCUUCCUCUUUUUCUUCUUCUACCACUACUACUACAAAUAUUUAUAUACCGCUCUUCAACAAAAUUCUACAAGCGAUUUACAUAGAAAAAUAAAUAAUGCAUAAAUAAGAUGGUCCCCUGUCCCCAAAGGGCUCACAAUCUAAAAAAGAAACAUAAGGUAGACACCAGCAACAGCCACUGGAGGGAUACUGUGCUGGGGUUGGAUAGAGCCAGUUGCCCUCCCCCUGCUAAAAGAAUCACCGCUUUAAAAGAUGUCUCUUUGCUUUCAGGCUGAAACAAGUAAAAGUUCUCAAGAGAGUUCAAGGUGAUAUGAUGUAGACAUUGUUGCCAGUUUCCUUGGUGCUGCUAUUGUCACUGCACAAACAGAUGUAGGUUUUUGAAAUACUAACCAAAAAACACUAUAAAGUCUGUUGAUAGCAAUGACAAUGGGAUGAAUGUACACAUCAUGAGCAACAAUGCCUAUAAUAUAGUAUCUUUAACUCUUGCAGGUGUGUGUGUGUGUGGGGGGAGAUGACUAUAGCCUUAGUUUGCUGUUUGUACUAGGGAUGUGCACAAAUUGAUUUUUUGCAAUUCAGCCAGAUUCUAUUCCAACUCAAAUCUGCAAACUCGAAUCUGAUCAGAUUCUAUUCAAGUUGGAUUCUAUUUGAUUUUGAUUCAGAUCUAUUCAUCCCACUUUGAAGGUCCUAGGAGCACCAGAUUGGUGGGUAGGUCCCCACAGGUGCCCCAUACCACCCAAAAUUGAAGGCAGUGGGGCAUUUGGUUGAUUUUUGAUUUUUAAAAAAGUUUUUACUGAUUUUGUACAUUUUCCACCAUAGGAAAUAAUGGGGAUUCAAAGUUGCCUUAUCCCUAACCCUAACAUGGAUCCCCAGCUUUAAUUUUAAAGAAAAAAGCUAAGCUCUAGCAGCCCUUGUAGAAGUAGAGUUAUGGAGCAAGAUAUGUGGUCACUAUUUUUCAGGUGUUUAGAUUCUUUGUUGUAUAAUAACCUUUCCUCAUAAUGAAUCCCUAUGAGGAUUCAUUGCACACCUUCAUUUCUUCUGAUUAUUUUGAUCCCACUGCUUUGUGGGUCAGGAAUUUGUGGCAUCCCAUGUUCCAACUAUCCCCCAACCCACAAGCCACUGGGGUAUUCAGUUUAUAUUUUAGGAAUUUUUGAGGUGUUUAGACUCUUGGGUGUGUGAUGAAUCCUGACAGGGAUUCAUUAUGAGGAAAGGUUAUGAGACACCAAAGAGUCUAUAAACGCUUGAAAAAAUUCCUAGAACAUGAAUUGAGUAGUACACCACUGCCUUGUGGGUGGGGGGUGGGUGUAGUUGGCACAUGGCAGUUGACAGUUGGCACUGUCCAAAGACAGUCACAAUGAAUAGAAGAAAUGAAGAGAAGAAAAAAAAGCCAGUUGAAUAAUCCACUGGGAAGUACUCUGGGCAAGCAAGCCCCACUGAACUGAAGACAUCCUUGAAAUGCAUCUGGGAUUGUCAGCAUUCACAAGUGAAUGGCAGCAUUUGUCAAAUGUUGGACACCUACCGUAACCUGUAUGCACACAGGUCUAGUGCAGCUGGAGAACCCAUUAUCCAAGGCAAGCUUAAAAGAAUGAAAACACACUGGAAGAGAUGCUAAACACGAGUCAAGCAAAUGAGGGGAACCAGAUUCAGUCACUAGGAGUUGACAUCUUUUGUAGAUGAGUUCAGGCACAUCCAUCACUUGCAAGUUAGUACUAAAUUUCCACCACCAUCUCAACUUCUUGUGUCUGUUGAAGUAGGCUCUUGUCAAUUAAAGUUCAUGACAAAAUAAAUGUUUAUCUUGAAAGUAUUGCAUGACUCUUCAUUAUUUUUGCUGCAGUAGACUAACAUGGCUAUUCUAGAUUUAAUUCAAUAGUGUUUUAUCAACAGAUAUGUAUUCUUCAUUUGAACAAGUGUAAGAAAAAGAUGACAAACUGUCACAUCUUAGUCAAGCGAACAUACAAUUUUAGAAAUAAGAAGUUAGGCAAGCAAAUUAGCUGAACAAGCCAUGUUUUGUUUUCUUUUUCCCCCAGGAUACAUACAUUUCAGGUGACUAAUGUUUAUAAUUAUGCUUAAGUGUAUUCUAUUGUUUCUCAAUGAGAAAUGUAUAAGUACAAAGAAAGAUGGUCCCCAAAUAUCAUUAAAGCAUGAGUUAGCCAUUUUAGCAGCUUUUGAAAAUCACCAUUAUUCAUUAAGCAAUAAUGUUAGAAUGUAUGUGAAAAACUUACUGUGAUUAGAUUGAAAAUAGUCUGGUGCUGGACUCUGCUGGAGGGAGAAUAAAGCAUUGUUAUAAGAUGGAGACAAGGACUAUCUAUAUCAAGAAUCUCAGUGCUAAGGCAUGCAUGCUUGGAAGUAAAUAAUAUCGUUAUCACUAGAACUUACUUCCGAGUAAAUAUACUCAAGGUUGUAGCCUUAAUGUGCUUUUUGUGAUUGAUCCACACAAUUAUGUUUACUGUGUAAUAGAAAAUGCAACUGUGAUAAGUUGUGUAAAACAACGGUCACGGAUCAACGAUAUAAUUUUCUUUAUGAUAUCAGUGCAGUAGCAAUUAGUAUGUUGCUUGGAAUCUCCCCACCUCAAGCAUUUUUUUAUGAAAAGGCCUUUAAAAUCUUGCAGACUCACUGAGCCCUUGCAGAUUUCUAGCCAGUCUGAUAAGAUUUUUGACUUCACUAUAUUAAAGGCUUCGCUAACCAAAUCUUCUAAUUAUAAUUAUUAGGACUGUCACCUCAUUAAAGAAAUCUAAGUUGGUUAAUUGUAUUAGUUUUAAUCCAUUGAAUCGGCAAAUGUUGGCAUAUGUACAAAACCAAUUGUUGCAAAAGGGUGAAAGUAUAGAUUAUUUGGUUUAGAAGAUGACAGGUAUACAUAGCCUUCUUCAGAUACUCAUCCCAUAUUUUUACUGAACGUGUGGAGGGAGGAGUUAGACUGUGCCCUGUGCCAGCCCCCCCAGACCACUGCCUCAAAAAUCAGCAUUUCUGCUGGCCAUGCCCCCAAACUCCAAACAUUCACUGGAAAGUCUGAUAGCGACUUAUACAUGUAUUCAGGAUAAAUGUAUAAAAACAUCGUCUGGAUCUUCUGCCAAACAUGUAAAGGCUGUGGAGUGAGGCCAGUGGGGCACUAAUGUCAGGGAUGGGGCCAGCAAGAACAAUACCUCUCCCACAUCUGUGCAUUCAGUGGUCACAUGUGGGGCAAACAUCUGAAGAGGAUUUGUGACACAGUUGAAACCAUCUUAAAAGAGGCAUGAGAGAGAGAGAGAGAGAGAGAGAGAGAAGGGGGAAAUACUUUUUCUAAAAUGGUGCUAGCUGCUACCCAUGUUCUUUGUAAGUACUUGUAUUAAAAAUAUUUUAAAAAAUUUAAUCUGAUGUGCAAUUAAUUAUGCAUACCUUUUAAAUAAAUUAAUAUAAUGAAUUAAGUGAUUAAACAUUGCAGCCCUAGUAAUUACAUCCCCCCCCCCAUUCUAUAUCCACCUGCAUAAAAUUGCAUGUUAUGUAUGCACAGCUCUUUUAUGAGUCAGGGCUGUGUGUGUGUGUGUGUGUGUGUGUAUUCUGAUUUCACAAGUACAAAAAAGUCACAAAAUUUAAUUUAGGCAUAAGGCCUGGGGGUUGGGGUGUUAUUAGGCCCUUUCUGGAUUUACAAUGAGACCUAUGGGCACCCUGCCAUACUUCACUCAAGUUAUUGAUGGAUUUGUGCUGGGACUUCAGUCAGAACUGAAAGCAGGAAAGAGUGUGUGUGGCCCCUGAACAUCUGCUGAUGGGGGGAUUUGGUUUUCCAAUACAUUGGAGUGGCACUCUUGAUGUAAAGUGAAUGGUAAAAUCUCCAAAGCCAGGGCAAGGUUCACGCAGGGAUAGGGUGGUAUGGAGGGAUUUGGUGCUCUGAAUAGUUCAUUGCCUUCACCAUGAUCAGCAGAUACAGCCUAACAAAAUACAAGAAUUAGCUGUAUUGGCAUAAUGUGUUCAGUUUACAGAACGCACCCACCCCCCGAUCACCAUCUUGGUGCAGAAUUUAGGAUAACUUAGCCCAGGAUUUCAAAUUGUAUUUUAGCAAGAAGGACACGUCACCAUCUUUCAGAGUUUGGGCCAUAAACAAGGCAGAACUCAGAAAUCUAAUGUAUUGUUAUAUUCAUUUAUUUAUCAUAUUUAUAUGCUGCCUGAUAUAUGUGUAUCUCUAGGCAGUAUCUGCCAAAGCUUUUAUCUUGUCUCUGAAAAUUGAAGCUGACAUCGGUGUUAAAAAAUGUGUACCUUGCUCUUUGAUAAUUCCUCUUUCAUUCCUCACCAGGGGCACAGAGUGGUGGAUGGAGGGAUAAAUGUCCUGGGCCCCUGAGGGAGAGGGGGCCCUCCGGCUGAGCAACAGCUUGCUUUUCACUCUCUCCCGCCUGCCUCUCCAAAGAAGAGGUGGGGGGCAGGGGCCCAUUUCACUUUUGGUCCUGGGCCCACUUCAGCCUUGCUGUACCCCUGUUCCUUGUGUUAUUGCUUCUGCAUGGAGCUGGAAAGAAGUAAAGACAAUGGAGAGUAGAAGAUUGAGUGACUGACCAGCAGCCUAAUUAGCUCUAUACCCUUUGUAGAAGGUUCCCAGUGAAAUAAGAGAGAGGAUUAGGCUUCCAAAUAUUUGUGAAAAAUGUCACCAGUCUGUUGAAUAGAUCAGAAAUUUCCCACACAUCCCAACAUCUUGGUGUAAAGAUGUUACUUCUGUUUCUGCAUUUUAAUUUUAGAUGUUCAUCCAGAUCUUUUUUUUUUUUUUUUAAGCACAUGGGAUGCUGGAUAAAAUAUAUCGAAUUAGUACAAUUGCUCCUCUUAGGUUUUUUUCCAUUGUAGGAUUUCCAAAAGGCAGUCACCAAAAGGCACUUUAGUGGCUGGUAUAACUGAUAGGCUUCAAAUGCGGGGGUCAAAGGGAUCAUGUGGGGAGGUUCCUCAUGUGCAACAGAGCUUUGGAGGUCAUCCCCAUAAAAUCACAGGCCCCAGGCUAUUCAGUAAGUUGCUCCCAAAACUCGGGGGAUCUUUCAAGAACAACUUCUGACAUGGUGUGAAAAGAUCCAAUCAAAAUGGGAAAUUAAGGGGCAAAUAUGAAAGAACUUGAGCACACACAGAGAGCUCUUUGAAUCCCAGCAUCAGUGUCUAACCAUCUGGAAAGAUUUCCUUUUAAAGGUUGAUGUGAUAAAGGGCAUCUUCUUGUAUCUGAAAUUUAUCUACAUAUAUAUUUUGUAAAACCUUUUCUUCUUUUUGCCAUUUUAUUGGGCGAUUGAUCCUCAAAAAAUGUAAUUCAUUAAUAUUGUAAUUUUAGGAUCAAUAAAACAUUUUAAAGCAUA